GCAAUUGAUGAUUUUAUAGCUUUACCAAAUUACGAGGACAAUGAUUUUUAUUGUCCUUGUAACCCCGCAUAUCAAAGAACGGCAACAAUUGCGUUGAAUGCAUCAAUUUCUGGUGAUUUAUAA